UGUUUUGUAUGCUUUGUGCUCUUUAAUGCUGUUUCAUAGGACGGUUCUCCAGCAUUUGAAAACUUUAACAGAAAGAUAAUGAGCUCGGAGGCGCGUCGCCGAGCCUCAUUUAGCCACCAGUGCUGCAAUUUCUAAUAUUCAGGGAUGGGCCCGAAAAACAAACGGGCGCCCAUUCGUCGGGAGUACAAGUCUCUCACUAAGGAUGCGCUGCGUCAAGAACUGAAAUACCGAGGCAUAAAAUCGUCCGGCAAGAAAGCAGACAUGGUGAAGCGAUUGGAAAAGUGGGACCAGGACCAGAUGGCAGCCGAUGCAAGUGAUUCCACCAAGGUAGAGUUGGCAGUGCGCCAGCGCAAGACGUCGGAGUCCCUAGGUGGGGUGGCCAAUGGAGGCCUGGCCUCUACCACCAGCUCGCAAAAGGAGGCCCUGCGCAUGGAGCUGCUGGCUGGCUGUGUGGACCGCAAGAGCCUGGUGCUCUGGCGGAGACCCGUCAUGACAUUGCGCUAUUUCUUCAGUGAGCUCUUUGUGCUUGCCCUUGACAUGGGUGUCAGGCUGUGGCGGCAUAGGAAACAAGUCAUGGCUGCAUUGUUAGUGUUCCUUCUAUGCACUAUUGCCUACUACAUUGAGGGAUCUCAUCAAAAGUACAUACUGUUCGUAGAGAAGAAAAUGCUCUGGUGUGCCUAUUGGGUGGGCCUUGGAGUUCUGUCUUCUGUUGGCUUGGGGACAGGUCUACACACAUUUCUGUUAUACCUGGGCCCUUACAUAGCUGGAGUAACAUUAGCAGCUCAUGAGUGUGGCACUGUGGAUUUUCCUGAACCUCCUUACCCUGAUGAGAUAAUCUGCCCUGAGGAGUCUAGUCCUGGUGCCCAUGUAGGCAUCUUGAAAGUGAUGAGCAAAGUGAGACUAGAAGCAUUUAUGUGGGGUGCAGGCACUGCUUUGGGAGAACUUCCACCAUAUUUUAUGGCAAGAGCCGCGAGGUUAUCUGGCAAUGAGGACCUUGAGGAUCUUGAGGAGUUAGAAGAACUCAUGGAGAAAGAGAAGACUAAAGAUUUGUCUAUCCUGGACAAGGCAAAGCUGGCUGUGGAAAAAUUAGUGGAAAGAGUUGGCUUCCUUGGUAUCCUUGCCUGUGCCUCGAUACCCAAUCCACUGUUUGAUCUGGCUGGCAUCACUUGUGGACACUUCCUGGUUCCCUUCUGGACCUUCUUUGGGGCCACCCUCAUUGGCAAGGCCAUCAUCAAAAUGCACAUCCAGAAGCUCUUUGUCAUCAUUGCCUUCAAUGAGAACCAUGUUGAACUCUUGCUCAAAAUGCUCAGAUACAUCCCCUAUGUGGGUCGCUACCUGCAGGCCCCCUUUAAAGAAUUUCUGGCCAAGCAAAAGGCCAAACUGCACCGCAAAGUGGGCUCCCACGUGGCUCAGGAGAGUUCACUGCUGGCUUGGCUCUUCGAGAAGCUGGUCUUGUGCAUGAUUGUCUACUUUGUCCUCUCCAUCAUCAACUCGAUGGCCCAGAGCUACCACCGGCGGCUCUCCAAGGGCCAAAAAGUGAUGUCGGCACCACGCGGCAAGGUGGCAGUCAGUUGAGCUUGGGCUGUGUGCCACUCUUCUGGGCAGUGAGGUGCGCAGUUGUAGAGAUUGAUGCCGUGUGUGGACUGCGAACAACAGUGUGCCAGAUGAUACGGAAAUGUAAAAGGACAGCUAGACAAAGAGACCGCGCUCACCUUCCACCUCCCCAUCUUCCCUCAUUUGCCAUUGCUUGUGCACAUUUGCGCCUUCUUUUCAGCUGUCCGAGUGUUCUUUAUUUUUCAAUAUACAAAUAUGGUGGAAAGAGAUAAUGUACAAUUUCCUUUUCUGUGCACCUCUCCACCUAGCCACUUCAACAAACUUUUUGUUUCUUUGUGGCAGCAGCUCCUUUUUAUUUUGUUGUGCUUUACAAUUUUUUGUUGUUGCUAGCAUAAAUGUUUGUUGCUUGCGCAGCUUGUACAUAGGAGUGUGUAAUAACAUUGAGUGGCGUCUGCAAGAAGCUUCAUGUGAAGUACACAGAAUCCUGUGCCUCAAAUGGGGCUUUCCCUCUUAGUUAUGCCUUGUCCUAAUUUCCAGCUGACAUGUGCCUGGCUCUUCUAAAAGUGCAAAAGAUUCUAGGACGGUGGGAAUCUUGUUGCUUUGUGCAUAUUGACAGUAUUGUCAGGUUAUGGCGUGUAUACUUUAAGUUUAAAAAAAGUAUUCACUUCUGCCCAGUCUGAAGUUGGCACAAUCUGUACAAGGUCUUUCCUGCUGUCUUGUUAUGAUUCGACCACAUCAGGACUAAAAUGUUUUGGAAAAAGAUCUUAUUUGAUGGACUUCUGCAGCUGUAUUAUUGCUUUGAGGCGCCAAAACCCUUUUAGGUCAAUUUGCAUCACCUGCAAGUUGUAGUCAGAUCAAGCGUGUAGUGGUGACUGCAGGAGUAACAAAUAAGAGCUGGUCUUUGCAUUUCAAGUUUCGGAUGGUUGUGCAGAAAAGCAAGGCACCAUUUUAUCCUCGCAAAUAAGCAUGUUGCAUAAAGUAAGCACCGUGUUUGCAGCCAAAACAAUGCUUUCAAACAUGGAUCAGGCUGUAAUAUUGUGCUUGCAGGCUGUGGUGUCAAUAGAACGAUACAGACGGUGGUAUUUGUUCGUCUGAAUGGCUGCCGAUUAUCUAGGGACCCUAGCCAGUGCAAUCUUGGGGCAUCUUUGCUUAAUGUGGUCACCGUAUAUGUUGUCAAAGUGAGAGGUAAAGCAAGGCGUGUAAAAAUUGCAUUUGUUUGAGAUGUGAAUGAUGACUAGCCUUUUGAUGUUGCAAAGGCAUGUAACUAGCUGAGCUUUGAGGCUGUGAACACUCACAGGGUGCUACAUUAGUGCCCGCUAAUCGUAAUUGCAAGCAAGGGCUAUCAACACAUUGUGCUUGUGUCCAACUCGGGCCAAAGGACUCUUCUAGGCUGCCAUUGCAUGUAACUGCACAGCUUAUCUGAAUGAUUCUUUCCCCACUUCAAGCUGUCUGACAUUCCCUAAUCACUUGGACCCUCUUGUUUUUUCUGUUAGGAGUGAAUGUUUUAUUUCACAUUGUAUAUGUGGGGACAGCUUCAACAAACCUCUUGCAAAUAUCCAUUUGUGGGUGAGUGCAAGUUAUCAACCAGGAAUGUUGUGCAUGGCACUAGUGCAAGUUGGAAGAAUUUCCUUAGGUCAUGGUGUAUUUCUCAGACUGACCUCGACACACCCAAUUUGUAAAAAGUUAUAUAUAUUUAAUAAAGAAAACUAUACAGAUUGC